ACAUAACUCAUUCAUGGUAGCUCGUGACGCUAUUGGUGUUACUUCACUUUACAUUGGUUGGGGACUAGACGGAUCUGUGUGGAUAUCUUCAGAGAUGAAAGGCUUACAUGAGGAUUGUGAACAUUUCGAAGUGUUUCCUCCAGGUCAUUUGUACUCAAGCAAAUCAGGAAGGUUUAAGCAAUGGUACAAUCCUCCUUGGUACAACGAGUCAGUUCCUUCGACGCCUUAUGAGCCUCUCGCAGUUAGACGUGCCUUUGAAGACGCUGUGACUAAGCGGUUGAUGAGUGAUGUUCCAUUUGGAGUUUUACUCUCAGGUGGUCUUGAUUCUUCUCUUGUAGCUUCCAUCACUGCCCGUCACUUGGCUGGUACUAAAGCAGCUAAGCGAUGGGGUUCUCAGCUUCAUUCCUUCUGCGUCGGUCUUGAGGGCUCGCCGGACGUGAAGGCGGGAAAAGAAGUGGCGGAUUAUUUGGGGACGGUGCACCAUGAGUUCCAUUUCACGGUGCAAGACGGGAUUGAUGCGAUUGAGGAUGUGAUCUACCAUGUCGAGACAUAUGAUGUGACGACAAUUAGAGCUAGCACACCCAUGUUCUUGAUGUCCAGGAAAAUCAAGUCUCUAGGUGUUAAGAUGGUUCUUUCCGGUGAAGGUUCUGAUGAGAUCUUUGGAGGGUAUCUUUACUUCCACAAGGCACCUAACAAGCAAGAAUUUCACCAAGAAACUUGUCGCAAGAUCAAGGCUCUUCACAAAUACGAUUGUUUAAGAGCCAACAAAGCUACCUCUGCUUUUGGUCUAGAGGCGCGUGUUCCUUUUCUGGACAAGGAGUUUAUCAACACCGCUAUGUCUCUCGACCCUGAAUCCAAGAUGAUCAAACCAGAGGAAGGGAGGAUCGAGAAGUGGGUUCUAAGGAGAGCCUUUGAUGAUGAAGAACGUCCUUAUUUGCCAAAACACAUUCUCUACAGACAGAAAGAGCAGUUUAGUGAUGGUGUUGGCUACAGCUGGAUCGAUGGCCUCAAAGCCCACGCUGCUGAAAAUGUUAAUGACAAGAUGAUGUCGAACGCUGCUUUUAUCUUCCCUCACAACACCCCACUCACCAAAGAAGCUUACUAUUACAGAAUGAUCUUUGAGAGGUUCUUCCCACAGAACUCGGCAAGGAUAACUGUUCCCGGAGGUGCGACCGUGGCUUGCUCGACCGCAAAAGCAGUGGAGUGGGAUGCAAGCUGGUCCAACAAUAUGGAUCCAUCUGGAAGAGCUGCGAUUGGAGUUCACCUCUCCGCCUACGACGGCAGCAAAGUGGCAUUGCCCUUGCCGGCGCCACAUAAGGCAAUCGACGACAUCCCAAUGAUGAUGGGACAAGAAGUUGUGAUUCAGACAUGAGUUUGAAGAAUAUAUAGGGGAAUUGGAGUUCUUUAAAGUUGUCCUAAUGGGUUUAAGUGUUUUUGUAUGAUUUCAAAAUAAAGUUGGUAAAGUUUAUUGUUCUUGUACUAUUAGUAAAGAUUCGAAUGUACUGUUUCUGCAAAAUCGAUGUACAUUAAUCUUAUUA